ACGUUCGAAUAAUGGAGCCCUUGCAGAGGGGCAGCUGUUCGAGACGUCGAUUUCAAUCAAGCACUCGAGCCGGGCCUGCUACAGAUUACGAUGACAGGUUGAGAACGAGUGAAGGAGGCUGGAGAAGCAUUGUAGUGGAAUUUCAAGGACGAGGAAAUUGCCAGUAUAUUGGAUCGAAUGGAGCGUUUGAAGUCGACGGUGAAGUUCGCGUUGCAGAUGGACCACUUCAAUCAAAUGCAAUACUCGAACUAUCAAAGACGAAACUGCAUAGGUUCGAGUGCACGUAGAUGAUCCGGAGCAUCCUAAUCUCCUACCCUAGGGUACGGAUCACCCCGCCCGGCGGUCUGACAUCGUACAGCGCAGACAGGAAGGAACAGGACAAUGGUUCUUGGGCGCACCGGAGGUGGCGAAAUGGCGGAGUGAGGCCAAAACCACUCUCUAUACCCAGGGCAUUUCCCAGAGCUAGGAAGACUAUGGUAGCUCCAUCGCAAUCGACGUGCUCUUCAGGUCAGUACAGGAUGGCUCGGUUGGAGUGGCUUAUUUAUACUGCAGCUAUAAGGAUCGGAAGGAGCAGGACUUUACCAGCAGGUGUUGGGGUUCCUCUGGAUUCUAGUGAGAUUGGAAGAUUGGUCGGCUAUGGUCUAUAUUGCGGCCACGGUUAUAGAAGAGAAUCUGAAUUCGAAGAUGUGGUAAUACUAAAUACCUGUCUGAAUAGCCGUCUGACCUCGUUCUGCACUUCAUGCCAGCAAACACAUCCUCCAGCGGAAUAUACGACCUUGUAGGCCCUUUUACUCGAUGACAAGAUCCUGGUAGAUCACUACGGGCGAAUGAGAGUACUUCAAGGGUAUCGUUCGGGCACACUUAGAACACG